CUCUCUCUGUGAAUUUUCUUUUUGUCCUUUCUUAUUUUUCCUUUUCUUUUUAUUUAUUUCUUCAUAGAGAUAUAGGGCCCUCUCUCGAUUUUUCCAUCGCUCUACAAACCCUAAACCUGCACAUCUCCUCUAUCGAUCAUCUAAUUGAAGGGAUCUUAUUCAGUUAAAAUCAAUACAGAAAAAUGCAGAAUCAGAGAUUGAAGCUGCAACAGCAUCAGGCUUUGAUGCAGCAAGCGAUCCUUCAGCAACAGUCGCUUUAUCAUCCCGGCCUUUUAGCUGCUCCUCAGAUUGAGCCAAUGGCAAGUGGAAAUCUGCCUCCUGGGUUUGAUCCAAGUACUUGCCGCAGUGUGUAUGUUGGGAAUGUUCACAUACAGGUGACAGAGCCACUCCUCCAAGAAGUUUUUACUAGUACUGGUCCUGUGGAAAGCUGCAAGCUUGUUAGAAAAGAAAAGUCAUCUUAUGGUUUCGUUCACUACUUUGACCGUAGAUCUGCUGCACUUGCAAUAUUGUCCCUCAACGGGAGACAUCUGUUUGGGCAGCCUAUCAAAGUUAACUGGGCUUAUACCAGUGGUCAAAGGGAGGACACAUCAGGCCACUACAACAUAUUUGUCGGUGACCUAAGUGCAGAGGUGACAGAUGCUAUGUUGUUCGCAUGCUUUUCUGUUUAUCCUAGCUGUUCUGAUGCGAGGGUUAUGUGGGAUCAAAAGACUGGCCGUUCCAGAGGGUUUGGAUUUGUCUCUUUCAGGAGCCAACAGGAUGCUCAGAAUGCAAUUAAUGACUUAACUGGAAAAUGGCUGGGAAGCAGACAGAUACGCUGUAACUGGGCCACAAAAGGCGCUGGAAACAGUGAUGACCAGCAGAGCUCAGAUGCUAAAAGUGUUGUGGAACUAACAAAUGGCUCCUCUGAAGAUGUGAAGGAGGCAGCAAAUAGUGAUGCUCCUGAGAACAAUCCCCAAUACACUACUGUGUAUGUUGGCAAUCUUGCUCCAGAAGUGACCCAGGCUGAUCUGCACCGUUACUUUUAUGCACUUGGUGCUGGAUCGAUUGAGGAGGUUCGUGUCCAGCGUGAUAAGGGAUUUGGUUUUGUGAGGUACAGCACUCAUGGAGAGGCUGCUAUGGCAAUAUCCAUGGGAAAUGCUCAGCCUUUCCUCGGUGGCAGACAAAUUAAGUGCUCGUGGGGUAACAAACCAACUCCACCUGGAACAGCUUCAAAUCCUCUGCAGCCACCUGCACCGGCCACCAUUGGCGGCCUAUCGGCAGCUGAACUUUUGGCAUACGAGCAGCAACUUGCAAUGAGCAAAAUGGGUCUAAUGGGGCAACAUCCUCUGAAGCAAGGGUCCAUGGGAAUGGGUGCGGGUGCAAGCCAGGCAAUGUAUGAUGGGUCUUACCAGAAUGUUGCUGCUGCCCAGCAGCUCAUGUACUAUCAGUAAAAUUUGUUUUAGGGUGUUUUGGUUUGAGGAUGUGAGAGUUUUUAAACUAUUUGACUUUAUGUCUUUUAUUUUCUUCUUCUUCUUCUUUUUUUUUUUUCCAGUUUUUAUUUAUAAAAUUUUCUACUCUGGAUGUUUUUGUAAUAUCGUUUGUGUAUCAGUUGCCGUGAGAAUGCUCUCUGCCUGCUUGUGGGAGUUUGAGCUGUGACUGUGAGUGUGACCUUUUGGAUGGUUUUGUUUUUCAGUGUCUUGCUUUUCAGUUAUUAUGGCCCCUCAUUGUGGCGUUUAUUUAUAGAUAGAUAUCUUUGGUGUANAAUUGUACUGGCUUUGCUGUUAUAAUGUUGUUUUAAGGCAUCGAAUGUGCUUUGAUACCAGUCAUAGAUAUGUUUCAAGUAUUUUUUUUUUUCUUCUUUUUUUUUGUCUUU